AGACUCUGUCAGAAACACAACCCCAACGCCACUUACUACAUCUCUUUCUCUCCUUUAUUAUUUCUUUAUCUUAAAACAUAAGCUAGAGAGAGAACGUCUGAGAAUCUACAAACCCCAAGAAACCCCCUAAUAAACCGAAAAUAACAUUAGUAGUUUUUGUUUGCUUGCUAUCUGUUUUCCUCUGUCUGGACAUUGGGAUUAAACCAACUUCUCAUCCUCACAUUCCCUUCUUCUUCUACUUCUUCUUUGUUAUUGUGCUAAAACAAAACAAGAAAGCACAAGGUGACAAAUAGACAUAUCCAUUUCAUUACCAAACGACCCGUACGUUCUCUAGUUAUGGCUUCUUCUUCUUCUUCUUCUUCUUCCUCAAUUUCUUCUUCAACUACUUCAACUACAUCUAAAUUUAUUGGGUUACUGCUUCUUCUCUCUCUUCAAGUAGACUUAUUACUCGGAUCAUCUCUUCAUCUUAAAAACCACACCUCAUUCAUACCGAGCAGAGAUAUUCACAGGCUAAGAAAAGUGGAAGCAUAUCUCAAGAGAAUCAACAAGCCUUCCAUCAAAACAAUCCACAGCCCAGAUGGAGAUGUAAUUGAAUGUGUACUGUCUCAUAUUCAACCAGCUUUUGACCAUCCUCAGCUAAGAGGGCAGAAACCGCUGGUUUUGCCAGAGAGGCCAAGUAGUGGAAAUGAAACAGCAACGGAGGAAAGUUUUAAUCAGUUAUGGAGUCAGUCCGGUGAAAGUUGUCCAACUGGGUCAAUACCGGUGAGAAGAACAACGAAGAGUGAUGUUUUGAGGGUAAAUUCUGUUCGACGGUUUGGUCGCAGAUUGAGAAAACCAAUCAGACGAGAUUCCUCCGGAGGCGGUCACGAGCAUGCGGUUGUGUUUGUAAACGGAGAACAAUAUUAUGGAGCAAAAGCAAGCAUUAACGUGUGGGCGCCACGUGUAACUGAUGCUUAUGAGUUUAGUUUAUCUCAGAUUUGGCUAAUCUCAGGCUCCUUCGGCCAUGACUUAAACACCAUUGAAGCUGGUUGGCAGGUUAGUCCUGAGCUAUACGGAGAUAAUUAUCCAAGAUUCUUCACAUAUUGGACGACAGAUGCAUACCAAGCAACUGGGUGCUACAAUUUACUCUGCUCAGGGUUCGUACAAACAAACAACAAAAUUGCAAUUGGUGCAGCGAUUUCCCCGAGGUCCUCUUAUAAUGGAAGACAGUUUGAUAUCGGUUUAAUGAUUUGGAAGGAUCCAAAACAUGGCCAUUGGUGGCUUGAACUAGGAAAUGGACUUCUUGUGGGCUAUUGGCCAGUCUUCUUGUUCAGCCACUUGAGGAGUCAUGCAAGUAUGGUUCAAUUUGGUGGCGAAGUUGUGAAUAGUCGAUCAAGUGGCGCUCACACGGGAACACAGAUGGGAAGCGGCCAUUUCGCAGAUGAAGGCUUUGAGAAAGCUGCUUACUUUAGGAACUUACAAGUCGUUGAUUGGGACAACAAUCUCCUGCCUCUUAAAAAUCUCCAUGUUUUGGCCGAUCACCCGGCUUGUUAUGAUAUAAGACAAGGCAAAAACAAUGUAUGGGGGACUUAUUUCUACUAUGGAGGGCCUGGUCGGAACCCUAAGUGUCCUUGACUCACCCAAACCGAAGAAAUAGUAUUUCUUUUUGGUGUGAAUUAAUGGUAUUUUGGUCUAUUAAUUUUUUUUUCUUCUUAGAUUAUGUUUUUUUCCCCCUUUCCUCUUGGAUUGUAAGGCUGUUAUCAAAAGCAAACUUUAACAGCCAGUUGUGGUCUUACUGUCUUUUUUACGUGAUGGAGUAGUAAUUUUAUAUUUGGAAAUUUUAACUACAUUAAUUUUCUUUACUACCGACCUA